UGCAUGCUCAUCUGUCGAUGCCUCACUUUCACGUACAUACGCCUACAUACAUGCAUACCGCAAGGCGUAUAUGUGUAUAGCUAUUUAUCGGCGCAUUUCAUACGUAACAUUUGUAUAAGAAAGUACAUCGACAAGAAGCUGGUUGCCGGUCUGGUAGCCGAUCGAGAGAGCUCGAUGUAAUCUGCUCGCGUGUGUGUGCAAAUAUUUAUUGUAUAGUAAGAAGCAAACAUGACUCGGUGAUGAGCUGCCGCGAUGGGGCUUGAGAGCGAGUACCGCAGAGGAGCAGCAUUAAGUUUAAGUGACUGGAAAGUGUGCUGCUGCGACUGAGGAUUGCCGGAGUUGUUGCUUGCAACGGUGCGACGAUCAGUUGUUUCGAGAAGAAGCCGCCGUCAGCCAGGAGUGCGAGAGAGAGAGAGAGAGAGCUGCGACGGACUGCCCGUUGCAUCUUCCUUCCGCGCCAGCAGCAUGUCGAGGCGUAAGCAGGCAAGGCCCAGCCGUGCUACUCUCGAGGACGAGCUUGGCCAGGCAGCGCUCAGGAUCAAUCCAAGACUCGGCAGCCUCACUCUCGAUCCUAGUGAAGAGAAUGACUCAGCAUCGGACGGCGAAGAGGCUGCAGCCGGGGCAAUGGGCGAGGAAGCGGUGGACCUCACGUCGACUCGCUCGCACCACGAGGACGAGCUCGACGAGGACGAGGACAUGGACGAGCAGGAGGAGACGGAAGAGCCAGCCACACUCAAGAAGCUCGACGACGACAAGCGCAUGCACCUGUGCCAAGACGCCGAAAACAACAACAGCUUCGUGGAGGCCGGGGCCGCGCCGCCUCUGGCCGCCGCCGCAGCCGCAGCCGCCGCGGGCCUGUUCCCCGCGGCGGGCACUAGUCACGUCACGCUCGAGGCCCUGCAGAACACCAAGGUGGCCGUAGCCCAGUUCGCCGCGACGGCGCUGGCCGGCGGCGCCGACAGCGAGGCCGCCCUCCAGGAGCUCGCCGUGCUGCAGAACACGCUCUACACGCUGCAGCACCAGCAGGUCUUUCAGUUGCAGCUGAUAAGCCAGCUGCAGCACCAGCUGUCCACGGCGGCGGCGCAGUCGGCCAGCGAGCCCGGCGCCGCCGCCGCCGCCGCCGCCGCGGCCUCGAGUAGACCCGAGAGCAAGGAGGCGUCGCCGUCGCCCGCGGCGCUCAUCCAGCCGAAGCCGCUGUCGUCGCUGACGUCGCCGGCGCACUCGCGGCCGCCCAGCAGCCACCUGCUGCAGCAGCCGAGGCUGCCCUCGCCGCCCGCGGGCAGGGAGCAGGACAGGCCCGCGCCCGCGGGCAGCGCGUCCCCGGCGCUGAGCGCGGCGCCGGGCGGCGGGCCCUGCGGCGGCGCGAGCAGCCCGCCGCUGCCGGCGACGGCGCUGUCCGCGGCGCCGACGGCCGGCAGCCAGCCGGCGCUGGCCGCCUCGCAUCAGGUGCCGGCCCUGUGCUCCAUCAGCUCCUCGCUGGCCUCGUCCAUCAUCACGAACAACGACCCGCUGCCGCUCAACGAGCCCAACACCCUGGAGAUGCUGCAGAAGCGCGCCCAGGAGGUGCUCGACAACGCCAGCCAGGGCCUGCUGGCCAACAACCUCGCCGACGAGCUGGCCUUCCGCGGCUCCAAGGGCUCGCGCAUGUCGCCCUACGACGGCAAGAGCGGCGGCGGCCGCAGCGAGCCGUUCUUCAAGCACCGCUGCCGCUACUGCGGCAAGGUCUUCGGCAGCGACUCGGCUCUGCAGAUCCACAUAAGGUCGCACACAGGUGAGCGCCCCUACAAGUGCAACGUCUGCGGCAGCCGCUUCACCACCAAGGGCAAUCUCAAGGUCCACUUCCAGAGGCACCGCGACAAGUUCCCCCACGUUAAGAUGAAUCCCAACCCCGUGCCCGAGCACCUCGACAAGUACCACCCCCACCUGCUGCAGCAGCUGGCUGCGUGCGGCCAGCGCUCGCCGCCGCCCGGCGCCGCGGGCCCGCAGCCGCCGCCCGCGCCGCCGCCCGGCGGCCCCUCCCCCGUGUUCCUCCCCGCCGCCGGCGCCGUGCCCGGGGCGGUGCCGCCGGUGUCCUUCCUGCCGCCGCAGCCCCCCCUGCCCUUGGGCCUCGCGCUGCCCCCGGCCCUCUACCGCUCGCCCCUGCAACUCGGCUCCGCGCAGCCGCCGCCGGCCGCGGGCGCGCCGCCGGGCGCGCGCGACGACCAGGACGGCCCGGCGGACCUGAGCAAGCCGAGCCCCUCGCCCUCGCCGCAGCACUCGCCCAACUCGCAUCAUUCCUACCACGAGCACUGCCACAAGCCGGACGAGCUCGUCAAGAUGGAGCAUGAGCGCUCGCCCGGCCGGGAGCUGCUCCGCCAGCAGCAGCAGCAGCACCACCACCACCACCACCACCACCAGCAGCAGCAGCAGCAGCAGCAGCAGCCCAGGCCGGCCAGCCGGGAGGGCGCGCUGGCCGAGCGCAUCACGCCCAAGAACGAGCCCGAGGAGAGCGAGGACAUGAACGAGGAGGAGCCCGACGACUUCGAGGCCGACCCGCGGCGCUACGGCGCCGCGUCGCCGGCCGCCCAGCCGCACCACCAGAUGUACGAGGACUGCAGCAUGGAGAGCAAGAUCAGCGGCGGCCGGAUGGAGCCCGGCGAGCUGGACGCGGACGAGGACAUGGACGAGCAGCCCGAGAACCUGUCGAGCAGGGCGAACCCCGCCUCGAUGCUGCAGCAGUCGAUGGUCUACCCGGGCGCCUCGCCCACCAGCAGCAGCGCCAGCAGCGGCAGCAUCCAGACGUCCUUCGCGAACAUCCUGUUCUCGGGGCUGCCGCCGCACCCCUCGCAGCUGGCCGCCGGCCACCACGCGCAGGCCCCGAGCCGGGCGGGCGGCGCCGCGCCGCCCGCGGAGCCCUUCGACCCGGCCCGCGACCCCGCCAUCUACUCGAGCCUGCUCCCCAAGCCGGGCAGCAACGAUAACUCGUGGGAGAGCCUCAUCGAGAUCACCAAGACCUCGGAGACGUCCAAGCUGCAGCAGCUCGUCGACAACAUCGAGCACAAGCUGACCGACCCCAACCAGUGCAUCAUCUGCCAGCGGGUGCUGUCGUGCAAGAGCGCCCUGCAGAUGCACUACCGCACGCACACCGGCGAGCGGCCCUUCAAGUGCAAGAUCUGCGGCCGAGCCUUCACCACCAAGGGCAACCUCAAGACUCACAUGGGCGUGCACAGGGCGAAGCCUCCGCUCAGGCUGCUGCACCAGUGCACCGUCUGCCACAAGAAGUUCGCCAACUCGUUCGUCCUCCAGCAGCACGUCAAUCUCCACACGAACGACCCGACGGAGCUGACGCCGGAGCAGAUUCGCGCCGCCGAGGUGCACGACUUCGCCCCGGCGGGCUACCCGCCUCACCCGCUCGCGGCCUUCCUGCCCGGGGCCUUCCCGCCGAUGCACCCCGCCGGGUUCCCCCUCGGAUUCCCAGCCACGGCCCGGCAGCACGCGCUCGAGAGACAGUCGAUGGACGACAACGACUCGAAGGAGUCGUUGCAUCAGCAGCAGCAGCAGCUGCAUCAGCACAUCCAGGCGCAGCAGCAGCGCUACCUGGAGGAGCGCGCCGGCAGCGCCGGCGGCGAUGACGUCGAGGAGGCCGACGACGAGGAGGAGGACCGGCGGGAGGACGACGAGAGGUGCGUCGACGAGCGGCGGAGCAGCGUGGACGGCGACGACGACAAGGAGUCGCACAACCAGGACGUCGACUCCGAUAUUCCCGAUCACAAGGACAGUCUCGUCCCUCGCUCGCCACCCUCGUUUUCCACCUCGCUGGCCGCGCUCGAAAGCCAAGUUCGCACCAUCACCACCAUGGCGGCCACCAGUCAACAGCAGCAGCCGCCGCCGCCGCCGCACAAGGCCUCGCCGCCGCUGCAUCGCUACAACGGCAGUGAGAAGAGCAGCAGUCCUCACGCGGUUCCGGCGCCACUCGACCUGACGCCGCGCGCCUCGUCGACGCCAGCGAGCUCGGCGAGCUCGCCGCCGACGACGCACCACCCGUUCGGCAUGUUUGCCGGUCUACUGCAGGCGGCGCCAACGAAUAGCGCACCAGGCCCGCUUGCCUCGCUGACGAGCUCAGCCGUCAGGGCUGCCACUUCGACCUACAAUCCGCUUGGUCUGGCGGUCGGCGGCUCGGCAGUGCGCGGCAACACCACAUGCAACAUCUGCUACAAAACGUUCGCGUGUAACUCGGCGCUGGAGAUUCAUUACCGGAGCCACACGAAGGAGCGACCCUUCAAGUGCACUAUCUGCGAACGUGGCUUCUCUACUAAGAAUGAGGAUGCGGGAGCGAAGUCGACGAAGUGCAAUUGCUUGGCGCGGGCGCGUCGAAGCUUACGCGAGAAGGAGCGCAGGAGGCGCAGGGCCGAGGAGCGCUCCCGGGGGCGGACUGGCGGCCUCGACAACUUGGCAGCGGGGGCCAACUGCGCAACCGCCGCAGCCCCGCUCUCAGUGAUGCCGUCCGCCCUCGGACUACUGGCCUCCGACCCCCUCGUCCUCCUGGGCAACAUGAAGCAGCACAUGCUCACGCACAAGAUACGUGACAUGCCGCAUCAUUUGUUUAGCGACUCCAAAUCACAACCUUCGAUGCCAACGCAACAGACACCGAUACCACCUCCGCCGCCGUCACAGCAACCAAUCCUAGCGCCGGCAAGUCAACCGAUGCACGAGCAUCAGCUUCAUCACGAAAGAUCGAGAAGUCCCGCGCCGGCCGACGAAUCGAUGCCACCGCAACCUCAGCAACCGCCACCAGCGCCACUACCACCUACGUCAAUGGUAGACGCGAGUAUGCCACCGAUGAAGAAGAGCAUCGUGCCUGAGAACGACUUGUCUGCACCGAAAAGGCCGCCCAGCAUAUCGAGCAAGCACUUGUGUCAGGUUUGCAAUAAGAAUUUCUCGUCGUCUUCGGCGCUGCAGAUCCACAUGAGAACGCACACCGGCGACAAGCCCUUCCAGUGCACCAUCUGCCAGAAGGCCUUCACCACCAAGGGCAAUCUCAAGGUACACAUGGGCACGCACAUGUGGACCAACGGGGCGUCGCGUCGCGGGCGACGAAUGUCGUUGGACAUACCGUCGCUCCCAAUCACGCCCAAGGACUCGGAGUUCCUGCAGCGCAGGCCGGACCUUUUCUAUCCAUACCUACCCGCGCCUUUCCUUAACGGCAUGCCACAAAAGCUGAACGAGAUCUCGGUUAUCCAAGGUGGUAAUGGCCUACCUUUACCAAACCACCCAGCAGCCAACAAGUACGCGGGUCUGUUCAAUUCGGUAUAUGCCGGUGGCGCGCAUUUCCCGAUUCACCAGCCACCACCGGAUCAUCAUCCAAGUACCACGCCACCACCGUCACCCGAUGCCAAUGCCGAGUGGAAUGCUGCCGAAGCCAUGAGGCACUAUCAUUACGAGAGAGAAGCUGCUGCGGCAGCACAGAGGCCCGAAGGUGAUGGCUCGCCACCAAGGCUACCACCGCCACCACCGAGGGGCGAAGGUUUAGCGGCCUAGACGAGUUACAAUUUCUGUGAUGGAUUCCUUAAAGGCACUAGUGGAAUUUAACGAGGACGUAGAGGCUGUACAAUGCUUGUGUGCGAAAUUUACUUCGGACGCAUGAGACGAGAGAGAGAGAGAGAGAGAGAGAAACUUUUCUUAUUUUGUUGGUUUGCUUGAACUCGAGUUUUUCAGCGAUUCAUUUGGAAUUGCGAUGAAUUCAAUUUCUCCAGUGCGGCUUUUUAUAAGUCAAUGAGUUUCUCUCACUGCGUGUGUGUCACGAGCGAGUUUCGCUUUACAAUAUAUGAUUCGCGAGGUCGCCGCGUUAAUUUGUCGACGAUUGAACAUUUGACGGACUGAGUAGAGCAUUUGAUCUUUUUUCUUUUUGGAUUUGCGUUUGUCCAAUGGAAAUUCCGCUAGAUAUGCGCGCGAACGCAUUAAUAUGCAGAAUCGACACAUUCGAAGAGUGCAAGUCGGACAGAUUGCGCGAGUAAAACUCCCAAGCGAUUCCACGCACUUCUUUUUUUGUUCGAUGUCUUAAUCUUUAUUUCAUUGUACAUAUACAUAACGAGUUGCCCCACGAUUGACAGCUCUUCUGCGGACAAUUAAUUUUCCACUCCUUCUUCAUCCAGUCUUCCUCAAUUCUGUUUGCUAGCAAGGUGUGCAAUUAUUGGACGUGGAAAAUGAAGACAAGAAGUUUUGUAUUUUAUUGAUACGUUCGUAAAUAAUGUUUCGACAUACGUAGACUUAUGAACCAAAGAAAACGAUCGAGUUUUUUGAUCCAAUAAUUGACAUUCUUGCUGUAGGAGAGUCAUAACCGGGGCGUAUAAAUCAUCAACGCACAUAGCUCUCCUUAACUCAUAAAGUCGUUUCUAAUGGGAAAAACAACAUAAAAAUAAAAGAAUAAACAAGCACUGGCAGACGAAGACACCAUGUUCCUAUUAUCACACUAGUCUUAACAAUGUAAACGGGCGCGGAUAAAAGACCGGUCGUUUGGAUCGGCUAUGAAUCCAGAUUUUGCUUUAGGAUAUUAUCUCAUAGGCUGGGAUAACUCCGCACGGAGUCUCCAUUCUUUUUUAGAUUAUGUAUUUCUCACGCAGCGUCGGAAGUAUCAAAGUACUUAGAUAACUAUAUAAAACAUGCAUUCCGUUCUGUCGUUUUCUUUUUCUGCAUUACCAUCACACACGUACACACUAUCAUUAUCGUAGAACUAUUUAUUGUAUUAUUCACCGAUCGCCACAGUGCUUUGAUACUUUUUCCUCUCUAUCUUUCGAGAGACAUUGAAGAAUGUUAUAUGUGUUAGAUAUUGUUUGUUAUUAUACUUUUACCAUGACGAUUCUUUUGUUAUGAUACAAGUCGUUUUAUAUACGUACUGAUGAUAUUGUUGUUAUUCCAUCUAGUUUUGACGCAGAUCUGAGAAAAGAUUGACAAGAAAUUUGUACUUGGAAAAAUUUUAAUGCGACGCUGUGCAUCUUCAUUAUUGCGUUAUUAUCGUUACUAUUAUUAAAAAUCCAUUUCACGAACACUACACUUGUCGAUUCGCUCGAUACUGGAGGUAAAACUGAAUCGCUGCGCUUGAGCUGCUAUAUAAGUUGCGAUCAAAGAAAUUCAACAUUCAUGGCUACUUUCGAGUAGACUAUAAGACGAAAAACAUACGCCGCGUCUCGAUCGACAGCCUCCGUAUACGACCGUCCAUUAUAAUUCGUAUAAAGAAGAAAUAGAUAAUGUUUCCCUCAAUUGCGUUAUAAACUGACGUUAUAAAUAAAGUGAUUGGAAGUGAAAAAAUCCAUUAUAUACAUAUACGUGACAUAUGUAUAUGGGUAUAAAUAUAUAUUAUAUAUAUGAAAUUUAUUAGGAAUGGCGAAUAAACGAAAGAAAAAGUGAGUGAAAGUGCAUUUGUUUACACUCGUGAUGUAUUGAGUGAUCCGUUGAUGGCGCGUGUAAUAAAUUAUUAUUGCUAUCAGUAAUUAUUAUUGUAAUAUCCAGAAUCGUGCGAGAGUGAGGUGUUUUAUUAAUUGUAAGUAAGAAAAAAGCGGGCCCGGCAGCGCCCCUCGCUGUGAUAUGAGAGGAGCAGCCUGCAAUCACUAAACCAAUGUACUUAUAUCCUGUACAAUAGUAUUAUAUAAAUAUUAAUAAAUUAAUUAUUACACUCUAUUCGACAUCGUGCGUAGAAGUGCACGUUAUCGUGCAAAGUGAAAAAAACAUAACUAAAGUAUCAAAAUAACGAUUUCAUUUUUAAACUAACUUUUUGUUAGUUUCUUUUACACGUACUCAAAACCAAUGAUUAUAUGCAUUGCACUUUAUUAGUAUUUAUUUACGCGUCUUUUUUUUAUUUCGAAGACCAAAGCUUUUUCUUCCUUUUGCUUUUUUACACCUUCAAUCUUAUCUUUUUUUUGCAUUUUUCUACUUCAAAUGCGUGUCGCGUGUUUUCGGAUUUUUUUUUUUUUUUUAUCAUCAAUGAAUACUCACUUGUGCUUGAGAAAGAGAGUAAUGCCACCGCGUCAAUUGUGCAAUCCGAUUUUUUACUGUAUACAAUUGAUACGCGUUUCGGUUCUCUGCGAGAACAAAACUCGCGAUACUGUGUGAUUGUAAAAUAAGCUUGAUAGAAUACAUUGAGAAAAAAAUACAAUAUUUAAGUGUGAAAUUAAUUUGAUUUGUAAUUCAAAUUCGAAUGAAUAUCUAUAGAUUAAUGAAAUUUCUUUGGAAGUGUGAACAAUGUUGAAAUAGCAAAUGACAAAUCAAUUUGCUUGCACAACGCUUGAGCAAAAAUAAUUGGUGACAAAGUAUGUAAUUUACAAGUCAUAGAUUUUCCACAAUACGUGGCAUUAUGAUAUAAAACCUCGAAGCAUAUCGAACAUUUUUAUAUUUCAACGACAUAAAAAGUCCUAAAAUAUAUUUCUACGUUAAAAAAUUGGUAAAUCAUAAUAAGCACAGAUAUAAAAACUAACGUAACUGACAAUGUACGAUAAAUAUAACUGAAUAAAACAUCAAAAAAUAGCUCGACAAAAGUUAGAACGGAAAGCUAAGAAGUAUAUAGGCUUAAAUAAUCACAUGUAUAAAUCAUGCGAUAAAAUAGUCAAUAGAUUCCUAUGCAAGCAAACAAAAAAGCGUGUUUUUAUCGGACAUUUUUUUCCAACGUGGAGAGAUUUUCAAAUAACGAAAGAAAAACAAUAGAUACUCAGGUGACAAAAAAUUAAAUAAAAUAUAAAAUGGUGAUAGCGUCAAGCGCUGUGUAUAAUAAAUAUAUUGUGAAAUCACAAGACGUAUGUUAGUACUUGAAAAAUCAAACUUGUUGAAAAACAAUUUUAUCUUUGUUUAAUUUACUAAACAAUUGGGUAUGAAAGUGUUGCCGUAAAUAAAAUGAGAACGAGAAAAUACUAUAUUGUAAAUAUCUACGGGAUUACGUGUGCAUGUGUAUGUGUGUGUGUGUGUGUGUGGGUGCGUGUGCCUGUGCGUGUGUGUGUGUGCGUGUGCGUGUGCGUGUAUGUGUGUUUGUGCGAGCGUGUGUGUGUAUUGAACCGAAAAUUCGUGACAAGAGAAACCUAAGAGAGCGACCGAACAGGAAAAUCGAUGUACACAUUUAUUAGCAUAAAAUUACCAAGAUUACAUUGCGUUAAACAGUAGACUUAAUGUAUAUUCAUUAAUUACUGUAAACAAUACCGAACUCUUAAUCGCCUCACAGUCUUGUGAAUAAUAUGAUCGUGGUAUGCUCGUUGUCCAAAAAAGAAGAAAAACAGACCGAUGAACUGCUUGUCGAUUUUACGUUUUCUGUAAAUAUUGUAUAAUCCGUGUAUAAACAUGACUCUAAUAGCCAUGAGCGUAUCAUUGUAGUUAAAUACGUUACGGAUCCAUUAUAUCUAUAUCACUUCAAUAAUAAACCAUUAUUAUA